UGCAGACAGCACACCAGACAGCAACACAACCACCCACACGGGACCACUCCCAAAGCACAGGUCGAUCACAAGAAAUUGCAGAGUCCCUGCUCUCUCUCUCUCUCUCUCUGUGUGUGUGUUUCUGUGCAGUAUAUAAAGGAGAGAGAAAGGUAAACAGAAACAAACCCAAGACCACGAAUUUGGUGUAGUGAACUUUUUUUCUGUUCAAUUUUGUGUUUGUGUUGUGAAAUACUAGAACAGAGCAGAGGAAGAACGAAGAGCCCAGUAAAAUAAAACAGGGGAGGUUUCCGUUGGAGAUUCGAUUUGAAGAAGAGAGGAAGAGAUGGGGAUAUUGUACGACGACGUUGUGAUGAUAAGGCAGUCGGAGAAAGAAGGAGAGCCGAGUUUGAUAACGGUGAAUUGCCCCGACAAGACUGGCUUGGGUUGUGAUCUUUGCCGCCUCAUACUCUUCUUUGGUUUGUCCAUUGUCAGAGUGGAUGUGUCUACGGAUGGGAAAUGGUGCUACAUAGUAUUCUGGGUUAUUGGAAAACCCAACACGAGAUGGGGUUUGUUGAAGAAGAGACUGAUGGGGGUGUGCCCUUCUUGUUCUUCAGCUUCUGGGAUAUUGUUCUACCGGUCUGAAUUGCAGCCUCCCAAACCUCCUGAUGUUUUCCUCCUCAAGUUCUGUUGUCGUGACCGAAGAGGCCUUCUCCACGAUGUGACGGUGGUUCUUUGUGAGCUUGAGCUUACGAUUAAGAGAGUGAAGGUAUCAACCACCCCAGAUGGCCGAGUGAUGGACUUGUUCUUCAUCACAGACACCAGGGAACAAAUGCAUACAAAGAGGAGACAGGAUGAUACACACGACUAUUUACAAGAAGUUUUAGGGGAUGCCAUGAUUAGUUGUGACAUAGAAAUGGUUGGGCCCGAAAUAACGGCAUGUUCACAAGGCCCUUCAUUUCUUCCUCCUGCAAUCACAGACGACAAAUUAAACUCAGACAUUGAUGAACGUCAAAGAGGAUCUCCCCCCUCCAGUGUCACCAUUGACAUGGACAACUCCCUCAGUCCCUCCCACACGCUUGUCCAAAUUGUCUGCCAAGACCACAAAGGUCUUCUGUACGAUCUCAUGAGAACUUUAAAGGAUUACAACAUCCAGAUUUCUUAUGGACGCUUCACCACAAAGCAGACAAGAAAAUGUGAAUUGGACUUGUUUAUCAUGCAAGCAGAUGGGAAGAAGAUUGUUGACCCUAACAAGCAAGAUGCCUUGUGUUCUCGUAUUCGGAGGGCUCUGGUGCAUCCGCUUAGAGUUUCUCUGGUCAGCAGGGGUCCUGAUACAGAACUGCUUGUAGCAAAUCCUGUGGAGUUAUCAGGCAUGGGUCGGCCUCUUGUUUUUCACGACAUCACCCUUGCUCUCAAGAUGCUCAACACGGGGAUUUUUUUGGCUGAGAUUGGGAGGCACAUGAUCGGAGAUCGCGAAUGGGAAGUUUAUAGAGUUUUACUUGACGAAUCGGAUGGCUCGUCUGUUCCACGGCACCGGAUUGAGGAAGCAGUUUGGAAGAUGUUGAUGGGUUGGGAAUAAUCAUCAACCGCGCAUACCAAUCCGCUUGUGUUUGGCCCACUGUAUAGUAUAUAGUGUAAAUAUCUACUUAGAUGUAAUGUACUAUGCAUAUGUUUAAAUGCAGAGUUGUAUCAUUUGCUAGGUUAACAACUUCUGUAGUAGAAAGAUGAAGUAAUGUUGGAGUGGAGUUGAGUAGAAGAUGAGGAAAGGGGUUAAGCCCUUCUGUUCCUGUAUAUGAUAUCUGUUGAAGAGAGGAGCUAUUGUAACGGUUUAAUGAAUGUUUAAUUAUAUCUGAUGGAGGGUAAUAAUAAAAACCACUCGUAACUUUUUGUUUUGA